AUAUAAAAUAACAAUUGACUAUGGACAUGUAUAUCUAAACUAUUUCAAAGGUAAUCCAAUUAUUUUUAGUACUUUUAUGGUAAGUCGUAUCUCCUAACUCGAACUUUUGUAACAUUCGGUUGAAUACCUGGCGUUCCUUAAUCUAUAGUAAACAAAUUUUUAACCAAAAAUAAGAUGCUUCCACGUGCCAGUAAGUCUAAUGGACACGUCAGAUGAUAGAAAAAUUGAGUGUCACGGAUAAUAUUAAUUUUUAUCGGAUGUUCAAAAGAAAGGCGAUUAUAAUUUUGUGAUCGUAGUGUUGAACGUGCUUGUUUUCAUAUAUUUUUUAAUACUUUAAAAUAAAAAUUUGUAUGAUCUACAAAAGGAAAAGUGAGGGGAGCAAGUUUCAAAGUUUCUUGUCUAUAUAAGCGGAAAUCGUAAUAAGUCAUUAUGCGGCCAAGCCAAAGACGACAACCGGGUUUGCAGUAUGGACUGAUUCUGCUGGCAUCGCAGGCCUUAAAUUUUGGAAUUAAUAAAAUUCCACCGGCCACAUUAGCUGGAAUCCUCCUUCAAAGCCUCCUUUAUGCAGGAAUGAUCAAAGUCCCAUGGAACGCAGAGGAUGUUUGUAUAUCGGCAUUCAAAAUAUUUAAAAAGAAAGAUUGGCGUUCCUUUGUCGUUUCUAACUUUGAACAUGGAUCGGACAUGCAUCUUUAUUAUAAUAUGGUAUCGUUUCUUUUGAAAGGUUCAUAUCUUGAAUCCAUGUAUGGAACGAUAAAUUUUGUAAUUCUUGUUAGUAUUAUAUCAAUGGGAUGUAGUGGUAUGUACGUUUUCUUGGGAUACGCACUUACAGAAAUUACAGAAGACUAUACCUAUUAUACCACUUGUGCUAUUGGCUUCUCGGCUGUUCUAUUUGCUUUGAAGGUUAUUGUUAUCUGCGAAGAACGAGACAGAUCCCACGAUAUUGGAGGCUUCAAAGUGCCAAGUAAAUUUGCAGUUUGGACAGAACUUAUACUUAUACAUCUUUUAGUGCCAAACUCGUCGUUUGUUGGACAUUUUGCUGGUAUUUUAAUUGGUUGUUUUUACUGUUACACAUUCAUUGGGGAAGCUAUUGACAGUAAAAUACCAAUAUUCAGUGGACAACCAAUAAUUCACGAAGAACAAUUUUAUCGACGACGUAUACUUUGUUUUUAAACAAAAUUUCAAAGCUAUUUUAUUGACAAUCUGUACAAACAUUAUAUAUUUAUGAAAGAGGGAGAGAAAGAGUAAAUUUUAUACCAAAAGCACUUGAACAUUUGCAUAUUCGGUGUUAUUACUGUGAUGAAGAUUAAUGUAUAAAAUGGGGAUGUAAAAAAAAUAA